AUGGCAGAAGGCACGCAGGGCGGCGAGCCCGCAUCCCAACCAAGUCCUACGAAUAAGCCAAAACACGAAUUUCCCAAAUCUCAGGUUGGGAAGCUAUGGGAGGCAUUCGGAAAUCCUGAGGAGCCAAUCAACGUCCACCCGGGAGCGACGUAUAACCCUACUCAUGAAAAACUCAAAGACGUGACGCUAUCUGAGUCGCUCAAGUCAAUAUCGUUGUCAGACUUCGGCACCUUCCACCAAAAGCCAUGCGCGCGAGAUUCGUUGUUGGUUGGACUCGGGACCGGUUUUGGUAUUGGGGGAGUGCGCGGGAUAGUUGGAGGUUUGUCCGCCAUGUGGCCUGCCUGUAACUGGGCUGUCGGAGCAUUCGCAAUUGCCUCCAUCGCUUCUUAUGAAUUUUGUCAAAGGCGCCGAGUCAGCGAGAUGAAGGGCAUGCAAAAGGCCGUGGAACUUAUGGCCGAGCUCAAGGCGAAAAAGCAGAAGGAAAAGGAACAGUUGAAAGCCGCUCAGGAGGCAGCGGAGGAGGAGCUUCGCAAACAAAAAAGCUGGACCAAUCUCUCGAACUAUAAAUUUUGGUAA